CAAGGGUUUAUCUUUUCUUUGGUAACCGUCGCUUUGCGCAUUAAAACUGUAAAGAGCUCAGAAAGAAGAGAUAAAGUUGGAGAAAAACAUUGCUUCCCGCGUAUUCCAUGACCCAAUUUCUUAAUAAUGUCAUGCGUGCAAGCUACAUGCUCAAAUCCUUCUAAACUAUGAGCCACUUGCUCUGCUACCCUUCUUCCUUGUUUCCUGGUCCUUAAACGGUUUCAAUUCUCUUUAAGCUUCUUCAUUCGUCGAUCACCUCUCCUUCUCUUUUAGCUAAUCAAUUUAUCAUCCCUAUUUCUUUAUGUUAUUCGUUUACUUGUUCAUAAAGAAAAUCUCACCAGUACCUUUUGUUGACAAAGGGUUCCAAGGCUUAAGCUUGUACUUCUCUCUUAUCGGGCUCUUGGUCAGUUUUAGAGCCUUUAAAAUCUAGCUAGCUCUCUUUAAAAAACUUCUGGUACUGAUCUAUGAUAACUUUUUGUGUCAGCUUUGAAUAGUAUAAAGCUCGAAAUUUUCUUGGUUUUGUGGCAAGUCGUUGUUUCUUUUUCGUAGCUAGGUUAUAAUAGAUCCGAACUCUUGCGCUGGAUAGACUUUCAAGAUCUCGUCUCUCUGUUGUUGCUAGGAAGGGAAGUUCAAGGUUUGCAAGAAGGGUCUAAAGUGAAUCUGGUUAAUUUGGUUCCUGCUUGAUUGUUUAGAUUUGAAUCGAGGCCAUGGGAGGGCAUGUGAGCAAGAGGCCAGCUGAAGCAUCAUCUUCUGCUAUCGAUCUCAAUAACAAUUUACAAUACACAACUGAAUUGAGCUCCUACGAGGCUGCUUGCCGGCUCGACAAGGACUUGCAGUCCUUUGACACCACCCUCCAAGCUCGGACCAAUCACGUCAUCAAUACUCUUGCUGUGGGGAUUGAGGUUCGUGCGUUUUCAUUUGACUCGUUGAAGGAAGUCACAGAAUGCUUGUUGGAGAUGAACCAAGCGGUUGUUAAGGUUAUCUUGGAGUGCAAGAAAGAUAUAUGGAAGAAUCAAGAAUUGUUUGAGCUUGUCGAGGAGUACUUCGAAAAUAGCUUGCAAACUCUAGAUUUCUGUGCUGCGUUGGAGAAGUGCCUAAAGCGUGCCCGCGAUAGCCAAUUGCUGAUUCUUGUCGCGCUUAAACAAUUCGAAGAGGAAAGUGAGGCAGGAGGUAGGGAGUAUGUGAGGACCUUGGAAGAACUGAAGAAUUUCAAGGCAGCAGGUGAUCCUUUCACCGAUGAAUUCUUUCAAAUCUUUCAAUCCGUGUACAGGCAGCAGAUAAUGAUGCUUGAGAAGCUACAACUUAGGAAGAAUAAGCUUGACAAGAAGCUCAAGUGCAUUCAUACUUGGAGGAAGGUUUCAAGUAUGAUAUUUGUAGCUACUUUCGCAACUGUAUUGAUUUGCUCAGUUGUGGCUGCAGCCAUGACUGCCCCUCCUGUUGUUGCUGCUGUCGCUGCAGCAUCAACAAUCCCAUUAGGUUCAAUGGGGAAGUGGAUAGAUUCUCUGUGGAAGAAUUAUGAAAAUGCAUUGAAGGGACAGAAGGAGGUGAUUAGCACAAUGCAAGUUGGUACUUGUGUUGCCAUAAAGGAUCUGGACAACAUUCGGGUUCUCAUUGAUCGCCUGGAGAUUGAGAUUGAAGCACUAAUGCGAACCACUGACUUCGCAAUUGAGCACGGGGCUGUGAAGGUUGCAAUCGAGGAGAUCAAGAAGAAGCUGGGGGUGUUCAUGAAGAAUGUUGAGGAUUUGGGAGUGCUAGCUGAUACGUGCAGCCGCGAUAUCAUGAGGGCUCGGACUGUGGUUCUGCAAAGGAUCAUAAAAAAUCCUAACAACUAAAAGGAUGGUGAUUCUUGAUACUGUCAACUGGAUAGUUGUUCAUAUUCUGAGACAUAUCUUAUUCUUAAUUAUGUUCUAUGGUAAUGAUAAAAUCACCAUAUUUUUUUAGUUUAUACCAUUGAUUAUUGCAAUUUAUUAAGAAAAUAAUUUAUGACUGCCACUGAUUCUUAGGCAGCAACAUGUUUCUAGUUUCCGUUCCGACAACAUGGACUCUUAUUUCAUAUCUAUUUUUAUUAGUACAUACUUUAUAUCAAAUAUUAGUUCAAAUUCAUUAAU